GUCCUAUCUAUCAUACAGUUUUUGGGUUUCGGGGCGUCACAUCGUGUGCUUUCAGAACCGCCGCAGCUCGCCGUGCUACCGAUAUACCUAUCACACGUCCGACGAACCCGCCAACAUCAACCAUGAAUUCGUUGAGGAUAUGCGUUUGCUUGUUUCUGACCGUCGGAUGGGCCUGGAGCUUGCCCUCCGGCAUGGACUCCCAGGCCGUCGGCCACAACUCAAUCCAAGCCAAGGAGGACCUGUUGGACGGCAUCUACAGCGACUGCAUCAACAAGGGAUCCGUGUCUUGUAUCAAGUACAAGUUGUUCGCUUACGUUGACAAGGCUCUGAACAAGGAUGAGAUCAACCUGACCGAAGGCGUGACCGUGGUGAGGACGUCCGGCAACCCAGGAGACGGUGCCCCGCGAUCGUUGGACGGCGACGACAAGCCCAAGGACAUGGAAUCGAUGGUCGUGAAACGCGUAUUGCGUUACUUGAACGAACACUCCAUCAAGGUCGACAUCAAGGGAGCCGACGUGGUCAACGCCGUAUCCAGAACCGGCAAAUCCAUCACCGACACCGUCAGCCAAUUCCUCGGAGAGGAAGAAGACUCCGCCGACGACAGCCGUGGCAUGAAGAAGAGUAAGAAGAAGAGCAAGCACAUGCUCAUGCAACUGUUGAUGCUGUUGAAAGUCAAGAUGAUCGCUCUCCUGCCGUUCAUCCUCGGUAAAAUCGCCCUGAUCGCCGGAAAAGCCUUGUUGUUCGGCAAGAUCGCCCUCGUCUUGUCCCUGAUCAUUCUGCUCCAGAAGAUCCUCAGCAAACAGCACGAGAAGACCGUCACCUACGAGGUGGUACCGCAACACCACCACGACGUGCACGGAGGCGGACACGACUCCUACGGAAGCGCUGGCGGUGCCGACAUCUCCUCCGGCGGAUACGGCGGCGGCGCGUCCUCCGGCGGAUGGGGACGUAGCAUCGACGCCCAACAGAUGGCCUACAGCGGUCAAGCACCUCCUCAGUGAACGCCAUACAAACCAGCAGACCACGAGUAUUAAUGUAUCGCGCUCUCGUGCUGGUGGUGUGCACAGCUCACUAAACAGUCAAACACCUGAGACCCGAAUCAAAGUUCAAACGAGCCAUCGAACAACAUGCGACCCACGUCACGCACACAAACGCUCAUUAAUAUUAUUUGUACAUUACUCUUAUUUAUUAUUUAUAUAUAAUAUUUAUAUUGAUAUUUCAA